AUGACAACUAGUCGUCGAAGCACCGCCUACUCAAGCCCUGAUGAUGCCAUCGAUGACAAGAUACGUGGUCUGACUAAGGGGUCUGGGUCGUCCCCUCCAGUUUACCAGAUGUUGGCCUCGACCUUAUCGAUCUGCUUUUCAAAACCUGGGUCAGCCGUCUGGCGGACUUCACGAGAUACAGGGGCGCUUAGGGAAUGGGUGGCCCAGUAUGCGCCUUGUUCAGAGACUGAAGGCCAGAAGGAGAUCGUCUCUCACAUGAAGGAUUUUCUCAAUCACCACACGGUGCAAACGAGCAACCCUGUAAAAACGGGGGAGGCGAGAAGCAAAGUGGUGUAUACGAAAACCGGCAAACAUUUCAUUGCCACAGGUCGUUGGAUUUGGAAUAGGGAGUCAAGUGCGGGUGUUUCAAUGAUUCGGUCUCUUCAGCUUAUCCCCACUGGGCCUUUAGAGAAUUACAACACGAACCGGAUGCUAGCGACGACGAAGACGGCGGGCAUGGCGAUGAGUACGGCGGCGACAAAAGAAAAUCGUAUUAUAAAGAUUGAGGAGGCGUCAUAG